AUGAAUACUAAACUGCACUACUUACUAUGUAAGUUUGGUAGUUUAUGUUUUGUAAACAAAGUUCUUGUUAUUUUGUGUUUUGUAAAGAAAGUUCUUGCCAUUUUUUUCUGUAAAGAAAGUUCUUGCCAUUUUAUGUUUUGUAAACAAAGUUCUUGCCAUUUCGUGUUUUGUAAAGAAAGUUCUUGCCAUUUUUUGUUUUGUAAAGAAAGUUCUUGCCAUUUUAUGUUUUGUAAAGAAAGUUUUUGUUUUUUUACACAAAUUUUUAUUUUCAGAUUUCUUGAUACUGUUGUUGCACGAAAUUACGGUAAGUCGAGUACGCUUAGUUAUUAUUCGAAUUUACUGGUCGAUUCUCUCAAUGUUUUGCUUUAGAAUGCGGAUGCCGGUGAUCUAGUCCAGAACAUUACCGAGACUGAGAAAGAGUUGAUUGAAGGUAGGAACUUUUCGUUUUCUAUGAACUUUUUGACCGCAAACUCAUAAUAACAUGUUUCAGUUGUGGUCGUUUCGAUUGUGGUCAUACUGGGACUGUGCUGCAUCUGUUCAUGCAUCAUCUCGGCCGUUGUUAUCAUUUUGGUAAGACUUGUUUAUAAAAAUGACUUUUUUUGUAAAGACCGCAAGAACUUUCUUUACAAAACAAAAAAUGGCAAGAACUUUCUUUACAAAACACGAAAUGGCAAGAACUUUCUUUACAAAACAAAAAAUGGCAAGAACUUUCUUUACAAAACAAAAAAUGGCAAGAACUUUCUUUACAAAACAAAAAAUGGCAAGAACUUUCUUUACAAAACAAAAAAUGGCAAGAACUUUCUUUACAAAACCAGAAAUGGCAGGAACUUUCUUUACAAAACAAAAAAUGGCAAGAACUUUCUUUACAGAACAAAAAAUGGCAAGAAUUUUGUUUACAAAAUUAAAAACGGCAAGAACUUUCUUUACACUUUCUUUUCAGAUUUGGAACAGAAAGCCAAAUAACAAUCAAACGCCACCAGUCGUCUAUGUUCAGACCUCCGGUGCUGUUCCUCCAACACAGCCAGGCCAAUUGUCGACCACCUCAUCGACUGAUACUAAGACUCAGAACAAGACCAGGAAGCCAUUUGUACCACCACCACCAAAGAAGCAUUGA